ACUAUGCUGAGACUCAAGUGCACGUCCCAGUGCUAUGAAUGGGGUAAAGUUGGGAAGUCGAGCGCUGUCUACCAGCUGCUAGUUUCCUCACAAAAUUCAGACGGCCUUCGUUCCACAAACCCUUAUGCUGAGUUAUGGAUGGGCACUCAUCCUUCGGGCCCCUCGCACCUCUGGGAUGCACCCAGCGUUUGUCUGGCAAAGCACAUCCAGGAGAAUUUUGCCUGCCUUGGCACGCCUUGUUUGCGCCACUUUGGGCCUCAGCUGCCUUUUUUGUUCAAAGUCCUCUCCGUGGGAAAAGCCCUCUCGAUUCAGGCUCAUCCGACAAAAGAAAUGGCUGUUAGACUUCAUGCUGAACAGCCUGACAUUUACAAGGACGACAAUCACAAACCAGAAAUGGCAAUCGCUCUGACUGAGUUUGAAGCUCUUCUGGGUUUUCGACCAUAUCACCAAAUCCUUGCUUUCAUGGCUGCCUUUCCCGAAUUGGCCCAAAUAGCCUCUACAGAAGAUCCAUCGGUGAAGGCGACUGAGGGGAACGCCUCCAUAAAAGAAAUGUACUCAAAUUUAAUGAGAGCGCCAACCUUCAGGAUAAAAUGCACAAUCAAGUUGCUGUCUGAGCGAUUCAUCAAGGCCUCCGAAGCGGUGUGUGACCCUCCCUUAGUUGUGCCCAACCUGGAUCCAAACGAAGUCGACUUCCCAGCCCUCGUUGAUCUCUUCCUGAAUUUGUCACGAACCUUCCCCGGCGAUGUUGGCUGUCUCAGUGUCUUCUUCUUCAACUACCUCAAACUCAAACCCGGUGAGGCAAUUUUUCUAGCGGCAAACACACCUCACGCUUAUCUGUCGGGUGACUGUGUGGAGUGCAUGGCCAACUCCGACAACGUCGUGCGAGCUGGUCUGACACCGAAAUUCAAGGACGUAGAGAGACUCUUGGAGAUCCUCAACUACAUACCCACCACACCCGACAGCCUUCUCUAUCCCCCUCACCUCCGGCCAACGCCCGAGGGCGUCGUCAUGGAGUCGUUUGUGCCCCCAGUCUCGGAUUUCGCCGUUGAUGCGAUUCGUGUAAGUUUUGCAGAGGUUGUAAGUUCAUUCUUAUUCACCUUGGCAUGCUUUAAACACACACACACACACACACACACGAAUCAAUACCUCAAUAACCAUGCGUUGGCCAGUAAAGGGACCGUUUUGGACGCCGAUGUUAGUGAAUUAAUGUCAAGUGUUUAUCUUGUGCCCCAACGUCAGCUAAUCUCGUUACAGAAAUAUAUAUCGCUGGAAUGA